AUGAACAGUGUCGGCCAUAUCAAUCACGGCUUAUGGACCCAUCCGCGUGAUGAAUCUCAUCGUUUUAAUGAGCUCAAUUACUGGACUGAUCUCGCUAAGACCUUGGAGCAAGAUUUAACCUUAAAAGAGUCGAUUCAACUGCCGAGUCAUGACCCAUCUACCCUGAUUUCCGCAAUGGCAGCGGUAACCCAAAACCUAGGUUUUGGUGUGACCGUAAACCUUAGUUAUGAAACACCGUACCAAUUCGCACGGCGCUUUGCGAGUUUAGAUCAUCUGACACAAGGUCGGAUUGGCUGGAAUAUUGUGACGGGUUUUGGGAAGGUUCUUGGGAAAAUGAUGCAGUACAAAAAGAUAAGCAAAAGCGUAUUUUUACUGAUCCUAAAAAAGUUCAUCAAAUUAACCAUCAAGGGCGCUUUUAUCAAAGCCAAGCGCACCCCUGUGCUCUUUCAAGCAGGCGCUUCACCACGCGGUUUAGCAUUCUCCACACGUCAUGCGGAAUGUGUCUUUAUUGGAGGUGAUCAACCUGCAAAAAUCAAACAACAAGUGGAUAAGAUUCGAGAAUUGGCUGUGCAGCAAGGCCGUAAUCCAGAAGAUAUUAAAAUCUUUGUGGGAAUCACAGUGGUUACAGCAGAAACAGAUGAAUUAGCUCAAGAGAAAUUAGCUGAAUAUGCCCGCUAUGCAAGUCCAGAAGCAGGUUUAGCACAUUUCUCAAGUUCAGUCGGUAUCGACCUAUCCAAAUAUGCUGAUGAUGAGGCCAUCCCAUAUCAACAAACCAAUAGUAUUGCUUCAGUCAAUAAUAAAUUUAAGGAAAACCAGAUCACGCCUAACGAUCUUAAAGCACAGCAUCAACUCGGUGGUCGUUAUCCACUGAUUGUUGGAAGUGGUAUUGAUGGCUUUAACCUAACGCGUACUGUUGCGCCUGAAUCACAUCAUGACUUUAUUCAUUUUGUUAUUCCUGAACUGCAACAACGUGGCAGAUUUAAAACCAAAUAUGAAAGUGGUUCUUUACGCAACAAAAUCUUUAAACAGGGUGAUCAUUUAACCCAACAACACCCUGCUGCUGAUUUUCGAUGUCAAAACUCAAAUUAUAACAACAGCAUCGAAACGGCAGAUCGGCAAAAGCAAACUGCCUAA